AUGUCUCCAACCGCGGCAGUCGCGCGCAGGGGCGCUCGCGCCCUCGCGGCGAGCAUCACCCGCCUCGGGUUCGCCCCCGCGCACGCGUCGUCGCGUCGCGGCCUCGCCUCCACUCGCCCCGACGCCCACCUCGCGCGAUCGUCCUCCCCGUCAUCCUCAUCCCCAGGAUCGGGCCCUCCCAGGUUCGCCGCGUUGCUCGGCACCGCCGCCGCGUCCGCGGGCGCGUACGCGUUCCUCCUCGACGACGAGCAGAGCAGCGCGGCGCAGUUCAAGCUCUUCGAGUACCUCGCCCCUGCGAUGCGCUUGAUGGACCCGGAGACCGCGCACAACGUCGGCAUCGAACUCCUGGCGCGCGGCGUCGCGCCCGUGGAGACCAGGCGCGAUCCCCCCGCGCUCGCGGUCGACGCGUGGGGUCUGCGGUUCGCGAACCCGAUCGGUCUGGCCGCGGGGUUCGACAAGGACGCCAAGGCGUUCCCCGCGCUGGGCGCCAUGGGCUUCGGGUUCGUCGAGAUCGGAAGCGUCACGCCCAAGCCGCAGCCCGGUAACCCCAAGCCGAGGGUGUUCCGACUUCGGGAACUAGGCGCGGUGAUCAAUCGGUACGGCUUCAACUCAGAGGGACACGAACCGGCGCGGGCGCGGCUGGAGGCGUACCGCGCCGACACCCGCGCGACGCAGAGCGAGUUCGACGCGACGCCCGUAACGCCCGUAACGCCCGAGGGCGCCGGGGUUCCGCGUCGGCUCGCCGAGCGGGGCGCGCCCGUCGGCGUUAACCUGGGCAAGAACAAGCUCACGCCGGAGGCGGCGGCGGCGGACGAUUACGCGCUCGGCGUGCGCGCGUUGGGUCACACCGCCGACUACAUCGUGGUGAACAUCUCGUCCCCCAACACCCCGGGGUUGCGAGCCCUGCAGGGCAAGGCGCACCUCAAGGGCUUGCUGCGUAAAGUGCUCGCCGCCAGAGACGAGUCGGCGCUAAAGUCGAGGACGGGCGGGGGGCAAACGCACGCGCACAAGCCCCCGGUGCUCCUGAAGAUCGCCCCCGACCUCACCGACGGCGACAUCAAGGACGUCGUCGCCGCCGCGACGUCGUGCGCGGUCGACGGCAUCAUCGUCAGCAACACCACGAUCGCCAGGCCGGAGGACGUCGCGGCUCACGCCAGGGGCGGCGAAGCCGGCGGGCUCUCGGGGAAGCCGCUCAUGGACCCCAGCACCGAGGUCCUCUUCCGGGUGUAUCAGCUCACCGGAGGUAAGAUCCCGCUCGUUGGGUGCGGCGGGGUGGCGAGCGGGCGGGACGCGUACGAGAAGAUCAGGGCGGGCGCCAGUCUGGUGCAGAUGUACACGGCGUUCGCGUACGCGGGCCCGGCGCUGGUGCCGGCGAUGAAGGCGGAGCUGGCGGCGUGCCUGCGAGAGGACGGGUACGAAUCCGUGGCGGAGGCGAUAGGCGCGGCGCAUAGGAAGGGAGGGCGGUGA